GCACGAUGGGAGUGACCCAAACUAGAGUCAGGGUCAUAGAUUAAAGGAAAAAAAAUCAUAGUGCCGCAGGACAAGGGAGCGGGAAAGGGCUUCUCCAGAUGGACAACAGUCUAAACACAGGGAGAAGUUGGGAGUGAACCCAGCCAGGCAGCAGCUCCUCUGGGAAGGGGUGGGGCGGCCUGAGGGGCCCUGCCUCCAAGCCUGGGAAAGGGCUUUUAUGACCUUUCAAAAUUGAAUAGAGGACUCCACACACCCUGAUGCUGUGGUGCUCUCAACAUGCCCAUGACGUGACAUUACUGAAUUAUCCUGACCUCACAGUAUCUCAAAAUGUUGACUCACGAAGGGUUUCCAUAGUUAUCCACUUCUGAUUCAUGAAAGCGUUAAAGAAAAUGGACCUUAAAGAUUCAGUGUCUUGUGAGUUUGAAACCCAGUUAUUGACAGAGCCAGGAGGGAAGCACAGUGCUGUUGACUUUCUCCCAGGUGGUGCAAUGGGUUCCUUCUCAGGCCUCCCAGCUGAAAGUUCCAGUUCUUUCCACUCUCCCCAGAGCAAUAGAAUGGACAUGUCCCAGGCAUCUGUAUCAUUCAAAGACGUGACUGUGGAGUUCACCCAGGAUGAGUGGCAGUACAUGGAUCCUGCGCAGAGGGCCCUGUACAGAGAUGUGAUGCUGGAGAACUACAGCCACCUGGUCUCAGUGGGCUAUUGCUUCAUAAAGCCAAAAGUGAUCUUCAAGUUGGAGCAAGGAAAGGAUCCAUGGUUAUUAGAGGAUGACUUUCUGAAGAGGAGUUAUCCAGGUAUUCAUACAGAACAGAGUCACUCUGAAUUUAAGGAAGAUGAAUGUAGUAAAAUUUGGAACAGUUUCAGUCAAGUUACUCAACUUCAGACAGCUGAUACAAGAACGGAAAAUUUUAAUCAAAAAGCACAUUUCAGAGAAUAUCAAAGGACUCAUAUAGGAGUGAAACGUCUUGAAUGUGGGGAACUUCUGAGCCACAGUUCAGCCAUUAUAGUACAGCAGAAGACUCAGAAAAUGGAGACAUCUUGUGAUAAUAGUAUAUGUAGGGAACCUUUCAGUUUUCAGUCACCUUUGAAUAUGCAUCAGAGAAUUCAUGAAAAGAGAAAACACUAUGUACAUAACCAUCAAAAAUCCUUGCUCAUGAGGUCUUCUAUCAUUGUAGAGCAAAGAACUCAGACAGCUGAGAAAACCUAUGAAUGUAAUGAAUGUGGGAGAGACUUUUUUUGUAAGUCAUACUUAGUAAGACAUCAGAGAAAACAUACAGGGGAAAAACCAUAUGAAUGUAAUGAAUGUGGCAAGACUUUCAGCCGGAAGUCAAGUGUUGGAAAACAUCAGACAACUCACACAGGGGAGAAACCAUAUAAAUGUGGUGACUGUGGGAAAACUUUCAGGCGGAAGGCACACCUCACUGUACAUCAGACAAACCACACGGGGAAGAAACCCUUUAAGUGUGAUGAAUGUGGUAAAACUUUUAGUUGGAAGUCAAACCUUAAAGAACAUCAGAGAUUUCACACAGGGGAGAAACCCUAUAAAUGUGAUGAGUGUGGGAAAACUUUCAGCUGGAAGUCUAACCUUAGAGAACAUCAAACAACUCACACAGGGGAGAAGCCCUAUGAAUGUAAUGAAUGUGGUAAAACUUUCAGCAAUAAGUCGAACCUUGGAAAACAUCAGAAAAUUCAUACAACAGAGAAACCUUAUAAAUGUGAUAAAUGUGGGAAGACUUUCACCCGGAAAUCAUACCUUGGACUGCAUCAGCAAAUUCACACAAGGGAGAAGCUAUAUCAGUGUAAUGAAUGUGGUCAAACUUUCAGCAAUAAGUCAGACCUUGGAAAACAUCAGAGAACUCACAUGGUGGAGAAAUCCUAUAAAUAAUGUGCCCAAACAUUUAGCUGCAAGUCAAGCCUUGAAAUGCAUCAGACAACAUGAGAGAGGUGAAUGUGGGAGAGUGUUUACCCAUAAAGCACAUCUUAAUAAAACAUUUGAGAAGUCACACAUAGGAACCCUGUAAGUGAUGAAUGGGAGCAUUUUCACCUACAUGUAAAAUUUGAGUUAUAUGAGAGAAAGCACAGAUGAGAGAAACUGCAAAUGAGUUGAAUGUGGGUAUGCUUUCCCUUUGGAAAUAAGGCCUACUGGUGUAUCAGAGAGCACCUGAGGAACAGAUAAUACAUGGUGAAUGUUUGCAAUAGAACUAAAUUUGUGAGAUGUUUCAUACAAGGCAUUUAAUGAAUUACAUUUUUAGCAAUUGACCACACCUAUGGAAACAUCAGAAAAUUUGAAAAGAUUUUAAAUCCUGUUAAAUGUGUAGUGGAUUUUCAGAUAUAAACUGCAAAAGGAGAGAAAAGAUGUUUUUCUCUCUCUUAGAUUCAGUAUGUGGUACCCUGAAAAUUAAAUUAGUAGGAUUAAGAUUUUUUUCGUAUGCACAGGAGGGAUCAUACACAAAUGAAAUGAAAACCCAAAGAAGAGGUCAGACCUGGAGGCUUAUAUGACAUUUUCACAAAAGUGCAAAGGAAUGAUCAGACAAAGGCAAAGGGCUAUGAGGUAGAGGUGAUAGGCAAAUAUACAGGGAAUGUGAUGGAAAAGAAAGGUUAUUUCAGUAAGAUAUGUUUACUCAGAUUGCCAAAGAAUUGUCUCUUCAUCCUCCAAUAGAAAAUGGAAUGUGGAACACCUUCCCAAGGAGAUUGAUAUCCUGUCUUUAGGUAGAUGGGGGAAGGGUGGAGAAAAGUUUCUGUCUACUGUUUUACAAUUUAAGCUCAAGGUAAUUAUAAUGUCAAAUUGCCCUAUUUUGGGGGUGCUGUAUCCCCUUCACUUGUUGUAGAAAGCUUAUAAAUUUGAUAGAUGCAGGGGAGAUUUCAGUCAGUGGUCCUGUCUCAGCUUCAUCAAACUCGAGAGUAUUAAAUUUGAAUAUUGUGAAUGUGGAAAAUCUUUAUCCAGACAUCAAAUCUUGUAGAUUUGGGUUUACCUAUUACAUUCUUUACAUCCUUUAGCCUACAUGAGCCAUGAAUAUGACCACUGAAAAUUGCCAAGUUAUGUAUCAGAUUCAUCGGGUGGGACAACUGACAACAACCUUAAUGAUCAUUAACUUUUAAGGGCAACUAUUCACUAUUACUAAUCACAGAAAUGACAGGAAUUUGUGAUAUGUGGGGAGUUACCUUCAGGCUAUACAUAUAUCCUUUUAAUCCUCAAGCUUUAACCCAUAUAUCUUUGCUCAGACCUUUCUGAUAAUUGCCAAAAUCUGUAUUACCAUGGGUGCAAUAUCACUUCCUGUUCCAUUAUUUCUCCUGUGUUUCUGUGGUAUGGGAGAGUUUUCUCCAGAUUUUAAAAUUUGUCACUAUAGUGUGAUUUUUUUUUUUAUCCUGAACUAGUUGUUUUUUUCCAUGCUGAUACCUGGGAUAAACCUUGUAGGUUGGUUCAAAUUCACUCCUAUUUCCCAUUAUGUUUCUGAUCUUUUUGCCCUUAGCAAAGCAUUCUUGUUCUGAUCAUGUUUAAUCAACUUUUCUAAUACUUUGUAUUGUAGAGGAAGUAAUUCAUUCCCCCCCCAACCCCCCAAAAUCUUAUACUUUUUAAAGAUUUAGAAUCCUAAGGCCCCUUUAAAUACUUUGAAAUUCUGAUUGGAAUAGCAUUUCAUUUCCCCUCAAUUAGGUAUACACAAGGUAUAACCAACUCAACUAGUUUAGAUUUAUUUCUAGGACACCCAAAGAUACAAACCUAGUGAUGUGGUGACCUUUUCUGCUUCUUUGUUGGCUUGAUUAUAGAGAACAUUCCCCAAUCCCAUUUCAUCCUCUGGAGAGAGUUAUCUGUACCUUAAACAUGAGUUUUCUUCUCCCUGCCAUGUGGGUCUUUCUUACCUGUCUCUACUAUUACAACAAAUGUUAGGGUCAUCCGAGGACCUGAGAAAUUAGAUUUCCUUCAUCCCUACAUGUUCUUCAGUUGCUCCAGGCACACACGAGGCCAGUUUACACAUGAUUUUGCAAUAAUUGCACGACCAUCAUUCACACCAGGUCAGUUUUCUUGCCUCUGACAGAAUGACCCUGAGUUUCAGUUGGAUCACAAAUACUGCACAUAUAAUAUUUGAAUCUACACUGCCUGCUAAGUUAACUGCAUCAACUUAGUUAACUGCCAUCAACCAACUCUGAACGGAUCACCAGACUGACUGGCGACCCACCUAGAGAUGAGGAAUCUCUGGAGUACUGCUCAGGUAGGUGACUGCCUGCUUCUUCCUCAGGCUUAGUCACUUCUGUAUUCUGGGGCCCUGUCCUCUCACCUUGGACACACAUGUUUUUCAAUAUCAGGUCAGUAGGAAAACAUUGAGCCCAUUUGUAGUCUGCAUCCUGCAAAUGAAUUUCAGGGAGUUCAUUAGCUGCAUGUAGGUCUUAUUUCUAACAGUUCGUGGCAUUUGUAAGUUUUGAAAUGAGUCACUAUUACUCAACAUUGUCAGGAACAUGUGAUAUGUGCAUUCUUUUUGAGAGUAUAUAGCUUUAAAUUUUUGAAAUGAUCAAUUAAAAGUUUUAACUGCUGCUUAGAAGUGCUCGCAGGAAGCUUUGUGACUGUCAUGGCUAACCCCAAGUCCAGUUUCACAGCUGCUGUAGCCUGUGACACUGCCAUCUUUGAGGUCAGGAUUGUGGGUGAAUAGGUUAGAGGUUUGUUUUCUGAGCUCCACUUGGAUUUCCUGUUCUCAUGGGCAUGCUGAUUCCAGCGACCCCUGUCAGUUCCUGUCAGGGGUGAGGCUGGAUUGAAGUGUUUCAGAAACAGACCUGGGAAAAUCUGUCGGCUCCUUUCUUGCUGUUGGCUUUCAUUUCUGUUAGAUGAUAGCUUUCAGAUAGAGGCUCUUCACUCAACUAGGUAAGUUUUAAUUUAGCACCAUUUUGUGUGCAGCUCAGAAAAGUACACCUUUGAGAAUCUGAGAAGGUAACGAGAGACUAUCUUGUUAUCCAAUGAAUUCACUUGUGUAUAAAAUUGCAUUCUGGGUGUGUGCAUGUGAAUGUUUUAUUUAUAGAUGUGUCUUUAUGCCUUGUGUGUGUCUUCAUACUUUGGGUGGAAUUCUCAAUAUCCUUUAAAAUGGGCUGUUUUAAAAUAUGCAAUUUUUUUGUAAACUAGAUUGUAAAUAUAUUGAAGUUAAGUAUAUCUGCUUAGCUCCAACAUGCCUUAGAAUUCUUGAAAAACAAUUGAAACUCUUAGGUGUGCAUCUGUGUUUGCGUGUGUAUGUCUGUUUAUGUUUUAAGGGUUCAGCAGUAACACUUGGGAACCUGUCUGCAGGUAAAAAUGGAUCCUUGGCCAAUGGUUGGGGUUAACAUGCAGAGCAAGCCUCCAUGAGGUUUAGCAGACAGCACCUGUCUGUCUGGGAACUAAAUGGUGCUGUCAGAUGUCAUGUAGUGCUAAAGCAUAAUACAGCCAUAAUUGGCUAUCCCUUGUUGAGAAAACUUGAUGAGUACAUGGAUCAUUUAGUGAAAAUGGUGCCUUAGGAGUAGGGACUACAUCUUUGGCUCAACAAACUGUGACCCAUGGGUCAAAUCUAGCUCAUUGCUUUUCUACAAUGCAGACUCAGAAUGAUUUUUUUUUUUGUAAUUAUUAUGUGAUUGAAGAAAGUGAAUAUUUUUACAUGUGAAGAUGAAUAAAUAUUCUUU